AUGGAUAUGGGGCGGGGCUACCGGGAGUUCAAAGGUCAUGUCACAGCUUCUACAGAAGGCGAGGGCAUAAUCAACCUUGACCUCUGUCUGAGCACACCUUGGCCUUGCAGUUUUCCAGAAAUCACAAAGAUGCACACGAGUUCCGUUUUCUUUGUCGUGGCUUCCAUCAUGGCGGCCGCCGUGCUCGCCUCGGGUUCCCACUCGGAAAUGCCACAACACCGCCAAGCGUCCCUAAAUCCUUCUAUUGAGAGGUCCUACAUGCCGGAACCUCAUCCUAUGGCAUCCUUCUACCAACACCAGAGGCUGCAACAAUCCCCUGUGAAGACUUCUAGACUUUUCAGCGUAUUUGAGACUCCCGGGCUUCUGAAGGUCGGCAAGAAAGUAGGAGAGUUCCUGCUGGGGUCCUUAGUAGCCGUAGGACUCCUCAUCCUAGCCGGGGUCCUCUUCAGCGCCUUCUCAGGAGCCAAUUUCCUUCUCCCUCUCGGUCUAGGAGCCAGAUCUCUUGAGGACUUUCAGUAUGCUUAUGAAAUUGCUCAACAGGUGUACAGCGCGAUAGAAAAUUAUGCUUUUUGAUUUGAUAUUGUUUUGUAAUAGUUUUUAGGAGUUUAUUAAUCUAUUUAUUUAUUAUUAUUCGUUGUUUUUAUGCUGUGAGGUCUUCUGUGUUUUCAUUAGAUAUUUCUGUUUUUGUUUGUUUGUUUGUUUUUUGCAUCUUUUGUAUUUUUAUAUAGUGUAAGAAUAAUUUGUUCUAUUUUCAUUCAAUGAUUUUUUUUUCAUAUACUUUUUCUUUUUUAUUUGAUGUAUCUAUUACUAUAUAGUGUAAA